GCCCGACACUGUCGUCCCCAUGGAGGAGAGGAGGAGGCCCGAGGAGAAGAUGCUGUCAUCGACAAGUGAAUGAGCGUCAACAUGGGUUCAUUUUAACGCGCUCCGGUUUUACCAACACUGUUUCCUCUGCACUCCGCUCGGCCGCUUCGGGAUGAUGAUGGCGUCCCGGUGCACGGAGCAAGCCGUGCACGAGUUCCUGCUGGAGAGAGGAGGGAGGGUCCAACAGAUGGAGCUGAUCGAUCAUUUCCUAUCACUUCGGGAGGAAAACGACCAGUUAAAGGAAGGGGUGGAUCGCGAGGUGCUGAAACGCAUCGUUGACAGCGUGGGUUUCGUGAAAGUGGAGGACGGCGUGAAAUUUGUGUGUUUGAGCAGUGAAGGCAGCGCGGAGUCGGUGAUGCGUUCGGACGCAGACGGCCACGAUCACGCGGAGUGUAACGGUAACAUCCAGGAGAGACUGGACAACAAUUAUGUCAACGGCAAUCCUGAAAACACACAGCAAACAGGAGCACAAAAUCCACAGUCUGCCAGCCUGGACAAUGACAAACAGUCAAAUGGUAAUGAGCAACCUGCAGCCCCCUCCCAGAGCAAGACCUCUGCACCUGGUGGUGGAGGGGAGGUGAAGCUGAGGGACAGGAGGAGGCGAGAGUCGGCCCCAGUUAUUGGGAUUCCAGAUCUGGACCAGGCCCACUCUGGAGGCUCCAACAACCAGCAGAUCAGAGGAGCACGCAGGGUGUCCAAAGGGUCCCAGCGGGCCAUGCUGACCAGCUGCCUGUCUGAAGACAGCGCACUGGAGGGGCUGGAAGCUAUUGGAGAUAUCAACACACCUAAGGGAAGCCGCAGGAACUUCAUAGAGCUGAUGAUGAGUAGUUCUCCUCAGGUUCGGAGGUCUAUGAUCAACCGUGGCUCACGCCUCCGGGAUUCCGUGAGGAGCGAUGGCGACUCAGCCUCCCUCCUCUCCUCAGCCACUGAUGAGGACUGUGCCUCGGUGACCCUGGACCCACUCGAGCACGAGUGGAUGCUGUGCGCCUCAGACGGUCUGUGGGAAAGUCUCCAGCCGCUGCUGGCUGUGGAGCCCAGCCUGGUGACCAAGAGAGACUUUGUGACGGGUUUUACCUGCCUCCACUGGGCGGCUAAGCAGGGCAAAGCUGAGCUGCUCUCCCAGCUGCUGGCCUUUGCCAAGGAGAACACUAUACCUGUGAACGUAAACGUGAGAUCAAGUGCUGGAUACACACCACUACACCUGGCUGCCAUGCAUGGACACACACAGGUGGUCCGUGUGCUGCUGUCUGACUGGGAGGCAGACCCUGAAGCUCGAGAUUACAGCGGUAGACGAGCCAUCCAGUACCUUCCCUCGCCGCUGGCCGCCGGCCUGCAGGAGGAGGGAGUGGUCACCUCACCGGGAGCCGAGUCGGACAGUGAAAACGUGAACGGCAGCAGUGGCGGAGGGCGCGGCUGGAGGUUUCCCAGAGUCCUCCAGGGCAACCUGAACCCGCUGCGGCUGCUGAACCCACCGGCAGAGGCGGCAGAGGAGGCAGCAGGGACCGGGAAGGUUAAGGCUGGCAUGCAGAGGAAGACGUCCCUGAGUCGGCUGAACGCCCGGCUGCACCGAGCCACGCGCCACCGAGCCCAGAUCAUCCACAGCGCCUCCUUCAGGGACACGGGGGAGGUGGGAAGAGGAGAGGACCUACCCAGCAGUCCUCUCCGAACCAGGCCACUGUCCAACCUGUUUGGAUAAAGUUACACCACUCAGAGCCAGCGAUCAUGUUUGGAAUUGUAGUUUUCUCACCUUUGUAGUAUGACUGGUCAGAUGUUUUCAUUACAGCAGUUCAUAGUACACACUCUAACAUCCUAACAAGCAGCUGAUUUUAAAGUUUUAUUAUUAUAGGAUUUUACAGGAACUACUAUAAAUGUAUGUUUUUGUAGAUCUCUAAUUUAUUUUUAUUCCUAUUGCGGUUGUUAGACUGUUGUUGAUGACGGAGAGGUUUACAUAGCAUUUUAUUUGCCACGGCGAUUCAUUGAUUGAAAGCUGAGCUACAGAUCUGUGAAACGAUUUAAAACUUGAUUUUUGCACGUUGUUUUUCCUAUAUUUUUUAGAACUGAUUUGAGCAGGUAGCAAACAUUACACCAAGUAUCUUAGUUAAGCAAGUUGCAUUAGCGUGAUGUUGACACAAAUGCAAAAACGACAUGCAGCACUGUCAUGUUUUCACUUUAGUUUUGGCAUUGUGUGGAAUUUGAAAAAAGCACUUCGGUUUUCAAUCCACACUCUUAUCCAAAACGGUGUUUCUGUUUGCAGAGUAAUAUAUUUGUAGAGCUCAGUUUCUGUAUUUCAGCCUCCUGUAACUGGAUGGUGCUUUUUUUUAACAUAAUGUGAACAAAUGUUUUUAUUUUUUAAGUAGCAGAUUUUAAUAUUCAGACAGUUUCAACCACAAAUUCUUGUAUCGGUGUACAGUCAUCAUGUUUGCACUUGUCACUUUGAAAAUUUUUUAGGUGAUUAUGGGAAGAAACCGCAUGAACGAAAACCAUCGUUUUUGGCCCCACAUCAUUCUCAAAAGUUAAAGCUGUAGAUAUAUAAUUAAAGGGGUGAUCACAUUGUUGCACCUUUAGAUACAUAGUCUAUUUUUUUCCUGUACCUUCCAUUUUUGUUCAUCAAUAAAUGGCACCAAAAAGAGAGUAAAAAGGUUAAGAGUUAGUGACACUGAUGGGGAGAUAUUUCCAGAAAACCUUUAGUUUGAUCCAGUUAUUUAUACAAAACACUGAUCAGUUUCACAUUGAGGCUGUUGUACAGCGUGGAAGCAAAGGGAGCACAUAGUUUGUAUACAUUUUUCUACUGACUACGAUGUACCUCAAAUUUUCUGAAACUGGUUCACUUAUUACAUUACUUAAAGUGUGUGUGUGUGUGUGUGUGUGUGUGUGUGUGUGUGUGUGUGUGUGUGUGUGUGUGUGUGUGUGUGUGUGUGUGUGUGUGUGUGUGUGUGUGUGUGUGUGUGUGUGUUUUGGGGUGCUGUAAGUGGCUUUGGCCUCUGGAAGUCAAUUGCAGUGUUUAGUGUUUUCUGACAUUCAAAUCUAUAUAUCUGAUUAUUUUUCAAUUCAAAAAUGAUUAAUAAAUAUGACACAGAUUUACUAGUUCCUGCAGGUCUCAUGCAGGAUUUUUACUAAAAAUCCACAGGGGAAAUAGAUUCAUUAAGGAGAAGUAGUUGAGUUUAGAUUGCUUUCAAGACAACCAUAGACAGAACGUGGAUCAGUUUUACGGUAAAUAUGCAAUCAACUGCAUCAUAUGAUAUUUUACAGGGUUUAUAUCUUCCCCUUGUGUCUAAACCUUACAAUCAUUUGCUCUUAACUCAUGUCUGUGUUAUUUGUUAAUAGUACAGAGUCUAUCAGAAUGCUGUAUGUUUAGCUGAUGAGCACAGCAACUUUUAACUGGUUUCCCAAAUAUGUGAACCUUACUUACUGAAAGACAUUUCCUGGAUUUCAUGAAUGUUCCCUUCGUAUUUUGUACCUUUCUACUUAAAUCACUGGGCCUCAUGUAAUUGUACGGUUGACCCUUUUAAUGUAGAAUUGUCAUAUACAGAUGUGCUUUAAUGUUACUUUCUAAGCUACAUGAGUUGAAGAAAUGUAAAUACUCUGCACUGUGCAGUUUAUAUGUCUGUAAAUAGUUGUGUCUGUCUUAUUUGUGAGAUACUGUGAAGUUUUUCUGUGGUGUGAAAUCACUGUCAAUGAGCCACUCUCAGCGUUCUACUCAUUCUUAAAUGUGAAAUAAAGCAAUAAUUGUUUGCAUAAAACUAAAGUUGGGAACACUAACUGUACUCUCGCAACAAAUAUAAUUAACGCAUAGGAUAACAGUCCCAGCAGCCAAGCUUCAAGCCAAGAUAAUAAGAGAUCUCAUUAAAAAAUAAAAACAAUCGUGAAUACUUCUGUCAAGUUCAGUCAGAUUGAUCUGAAACAAGCUGUUCCAUCGGCUCUUCCUGCUGACACCAAGUGAUUGUCCUUGUCUGGUGGUGCUGAAUAAUUGAUGAUCUGAUCACCCACUGUUCCAGCUCUGCUCCAGCGUUUACAGUAUAUCCACAACGUCCUGUCCACAAGCUGCCCACAUAGCAGCUUUAUGUAUGCACAGCCAGUUCUCAUUCUGCAUCUGUGCUGUGUCUCCGUGUGUGAUUAUAUUGUUGCAAAGAGCAAAACUCCCAACAAGAUUAAUGAAAUUCAGAGUGAUCUGAACUGAAGUCUACACCGGUCCAGUGUUGUUGUGGUUGGGAUGUAAACCAAAGUAACACAAUUUCACAACCACAAACUGCAAAUAGGAGGUUGUUCCAGGUUUUACCAGUUUAUUAUGCUCGAUGAGAUGUGGCAGAGGCCAAGUGCUUUUGAUUUUUUGCCUUGUUAGGCGUGUUGUUGAGCCUGUUCGCACCAGCAUGUCACUGAGGAUAAAAGAAAUAUGAGAAGCAGAAGGAUGUGUAUAAGCCAUCAUAUGUGUGAGAAGGAUAUGGUAUGUUUCCAGUCAAUGUACUCGGUGCCUGGGACGGAACAGAUAACUACAGCUCUGACAAUCCUCUUGUGGCACUGAUGUUCUUCUGGCACCCUGUCUGGGCCUGUUCUCUUCUACGUGAUUACCAGACCUAAUCGACCAUGUAAAAGCAGGAUUACAUGUAAACAGUUACUGCAGUUCACGUACAAUGUUUUGCUUACAUAACAGUCAAUGCUUUCAAUUCAGAGUAUGCUCUUUCGAUGCUUCUCUGAUAUUUCUCUCAUCUACAAGUCAGAAAAGAUUUAUAGAGGUCACAAGUGAUGAUCUUUUUUUCUGGCCCUGCAGCAUCCAAAGUUGCCGUAGGCAGCCGGUCUAUUAGUUGACUGCUGAUCAGGGCAGAGUGGAGAGACUGUCUGACUGCAGCGACUGACCUACAUGCACAGUGAAGGGAGUAAUGCCCAUUAUGUAAAUUCCUCUGCCAUCUUUUCACGGAAACUGUGCCAACUUUUUUUUGCCUGGGGCCUCCACUGUUGGACUAAUCCAUGUCCAGCCUAUCCACAUCUCUUGCUUUCACCCGAAUCAGUUACCACAGUGAUGAUGACAUUCACACAAAGCCUGACAUGUGACCGACAGUGCCAAAUAGGCAUCAAGUUAAAAACAAAUCUACACAGUCACCCGGGUGUUCUUUUGUCGCACAGAGUGGCAAUAAAAAGUAUCAAAGUU